GAACUCUGGCCAUGAAAUGACUGUAUUUUGCACUUCCUGAAACAUGACAGGCCAAAACGCUGAGUGGAAAUUAUUUAAGUUUCUCAAAGUGCUGCUGUUUAGUGUCAUAUUUUUGAUUACAGUUUUGUUCCUUGUUGCCACAGUUAAGACGUUUACAUUUGACGCGGACGCGGGGCUUCUGUUGGGAAAAUGGGAAAAUACAACAGCCAUUUCUCUUCAUUUAAGUCCACAACAGAGAAAGAACCAGCUGGCACAUUUCAAAGCGGCCAUCCAGAUUCCCACUGUGUCAUUCACUGAGACAAAUGUGAACACGAGCGCGCUGCGUGAGUUUGACGCGCUGCUGAGGAAGGUCUUCCCGAAGGUCUUCUCAUCCAGUGUGGUCCAGCAUGAGAUGGUGGGAAGCUACAGCCACCUGUUGACUGUAUCGGGAAGCGAGGCUGAUCUGGAGCCCUACAUGCUGCUGGCACACAUUGAUGUAGUGCCGGCCGAUGAGGCAGAUGGGUGGGAUGCUCCUCCUUUCUCUGCUCAAGAGAUCAAUGGCUUCAUUUAUGGACGAGGAACCAUCGACAAUAAACAGUCUGUGAUGGGGAUCCUUCAGGCGUUGGAAUACCUGCUGGAACGAGGUUACACUCCUCGGAGAAGCUUCUACAUUGGCUUGGGUCACGAUGAGGAGGUGAAUGGUUUACAUGGGGCAGUCAAUAUCGUGAAGCUCCUGAAGAGUCGUGGGGUGAAGCUCCAGUAUGUUUUAGAUGAAGGCCUGGCAGUGCUGGAUGGUGUCAUAAGUGGCCUGGAUGGACCUGCUGCCCUAAUAGGUAUCAGUGAGAAAGGUCAGGCCACAGUGAAGCUGAGUGUCAGCAGCGCUCCAGGACAUUCGUCCAUGCCUCCCAGAGAAAGCAGCAUCGGCAUCUUGGCUUCAGCAGUCAAAAGAUUGGAGGAAAAUCCAAUGCCCAGGCUGUUUGGAUAUGGUCCUGAGCGUGGUAUGUUUGAACACCUAGCCCAUAAGUUUGGUUUGCCUCUCAAAUUCAUCAUGUCUAAUCUGUGGCUCUUCUCUCCGCUACUCAGCAGGGUGUUGGAGAGAAAACCUGACACAAAUGCUUUUGUAAGAACCACAACUGCCGUCACUAUGUUUAACUCGGGUGUAAAGAUUAACAUAAUCCCGUCAUAUGCUGAAGCUUUGGUUAAUUUCCGUAUCCACUCAUCCCAAACACUGCAGGAGGUUCUGGAGUUAGUCGAGUCAACUGUGUCAGAUGAGCGUGUGAAGGUAGAGCUAGUCAAUGGAUUCGACCCACUGCCCAUCAGUUCCUAUGAUGAGCAGGCGUUUGGCUUUCAGAUCAUAAAGAAAACGGUGCAGAGCAUGUUUCCUCAGCUUACGGUGGCUCCUGGUGUCUGUGUUGGCAACACUGACAGCCGUCACUACAAGGAUAUCACUCAAGAUAUAUAUCGCUUUGCUCCGUCAUGGUUCAAACCAGGUGAUCCUCAGAGAUUUCACGGUGUGAACGAGAGAAUCUCCAUUCAGAACUAUGAAGAGAUCGUGCAGUUCUACUUUCAGCUCAUCCAGAAUAAUGACAUCAGGAAGCUGCCGCCACCUCACAGUAGCCAGCAUGAGCUGUAAAUGGUGCGAUGUUACUUACACGGAUCUCAAAACACUGAAGAUUUAGAAGGCUUUGUUUUAGCAUGUAUUUCUUUUUAAACUGUAUUAUCACCCUGACUUUUAAGUAAUGGGUUUUGCCAGUUAGACCAGCCAAAUUACUGUAAGUUUACUGUAAGCAAUCCUGACCAUGACCAAAAACACCCUGAAGCAUUGCUGAACACGACUACACUUCAGCUGAGCCCCUUCAAAAACUGUAGGUAUGCAAAUAAAUCAGAAGAAAUGGGGAUUGUGAUAUUUGAAAGUGUGAGUGGGUGCAGAGGACAUGAUUGAAUUAGUUAACUCUGCUUCAAAAUACUUAUAAAUACAUUUCUGAGAGAUUCAUCUUAAACAGCCUGAGCUCUAUUAUAUGUAUCUUACCUUUAUAGUGUUUUCAUUGAUUCAGAUUUUAUUAAGGUCUAAGUUAGUGCUGUGUUACAUUUUCCAAGCUUGCAUUAUGGGCCAAUAGCGCUGGACUGAAGUGAUUUAUUAUGACUGAUUAUGUCUGGAUAUAAACAUUUACUUCUGCAUAUCACCUGUAACUCGACCCAAAGGUAUUGUUAUCGGUUGUUUAAAUGUUACUUUGAAUCCUUAGUAAUUUAAAUGGAGUGUGCUGAGACUGAAAAUGAGUGUAAAUGUUUUGCAUUAAUCAUUUUGAAAUGUCAAGAAUGUUACAUGAAUUUUUAAUUUAAAUUUUAAAUUAAUAAAUUGUUUUAAUAGAAA